AUGGCGGCAAUCGGGUCCUCCAACAUCGGAUUCCAGCUGCUGAAGAAGUCUGGUUGGAAGGAGGGCACUGGCCUUGGAGCGCAGGAGCAGGGAAGGUUGGAGCCUGUAGAAACUCGUGUUAAGAAUAACAAGCGUGGUUUAGGUUCUAAAGAACCAAAACCAAAGCCUAAGGUUGAGGGUGAUGUUGAAACAAAUCCCCAAAAGCCCAAGCAGGAUGUGCCGUCAAAGAAAAGGGCAAAGUUAGCUGCAAAGAGGAUACGAAAGAUGCAAGAAGAGGAGAAGCACUUGAAAGAGAAGGAAUUUGAGAUGGCUUUUUUCAGGGAAUUUUGGCCUGAUAAUGUGUAA